GGAAUCAGCAGUCUUAGUGGGUCUUCGAGUGAGCCUGGGAAGCCAAGACGUGAGAGCUCUGGUAGAUGGAUUGGAAUGGGUGCUAUGCCAAACACCUCUUUUCACCUGGACUCCGUGCCAUGUCCUACUCCAAUCAGUCGUUCACGUCCAAAAUACAUUGUAUUAAUGUGA